CACCCCCAAAACGGUGGGAAUUUCUGCUACAGUUUCUGAGAAGUGUCUUAAAAACCGAUCUGGGAUCGGAUUAUCUCAACAUUUAUUCUCCCUUAAUUGCUGAGUGAGUAAAUGGAACCGUUCCUAGGUCAGUGUGUGGCGCCGGGGACGGAGGAGGGCGGUCUUUCGGCAGCCUGCGUUUCCAUUCGCUCAGCUGUUCCCUGCGUCCGUCUUUAUGAACCGCGAUCGAUGAGCUGAAACUGUAACCGAGAAGAUCUCGUGCAAGAGUGACUGCAUGUAUAAUAAAAAGACUAUUUUUCAACUUCAGAAUUUAAAAAAAAAAUUGUUCGUUGCGUGCCAGCUGCCUUGCAAGAUCUAAAUUUCAUGCUGGCAAGGAAGAACUUUCCAAAUUCAAGUUUCCAGGAGGCUGAUCGGGACCAUGACAACUUUGGCGCAGACCAAGGAGUUGUUCCGCGGCGCAGAUGCCGUCUGCUUCGACGUUGACAGCACCGUGAUCCGGGAGGAGGGCAUCGACGAGCUCGCCAAGUUUUGCGGAGUGGGCGACGCGGUCACGGAAAUGACUCGCAAGGCAAUGGGUGGGUCAGUCUCAUUUAAAACGGCUUUGACUGAGCGCCUGUCCAUUAUACGAUGCUCUCGGGAGCAAGUGAACAAGCUGAUUACAGACCACCCUCCUCAGCUGACUCCAGGUAUUAAGGAGCUGGUGAACCGUCUGCAGCAUCGUGGAGUGAAGGUCUUUCUAAUCUCUGGUGGCUUUCGCUGCAUUGUGGAACAUGUGGCCACACAGCUCAACAUCCCCCUCCACCAUGUUUAUGCCAAUCGUCUCAAGUUUUACUUCAACGGAGAGUAUGCAGGUUUUGACGAGACACAACCAACUGCUGAGUCUGGUGGUAAGGGCAAGGUGAUCAGCAUGCUGAAGGAGAUGUAUGGCUUUGAGAAAGUGGUCAUGAUUGGAGAUGGUGCUACAGACAUGGAAGCCUGUCCUCCCGCAAAUGCUUUCAUUGGAUUUGGUGGAAAUGUCAUCAGGCCGCAAGUGAAGGAGAAGAGCUUGUGGUUUGUUACAAGCUUUGGGGAGCUUCUUAAAGAACUGGAGAAGAUUUAAAAGGAGAUAUGUGUGUUAUGUUACAUAAUGUACACAAGACACUGUGCUUUUAUUAAUUUUUUUUGAUGCAAAAUACUUUUUUGAUUAUUAUCUGUACUGUAGAUCAGAGGAUGUUCAACCAGUUAAGGUGCAGCAGUUAAUACAUUUCCUCAGUAAUAGAGAUCAAAAAGCUUACCAGUUGAUUAUUUUUCAUAUAUAAAUGUUUAAUUGUAAUGGUGUAAAUGUGAGACUAAAAUGAGCAAUCACACAGACCAUUCUUGUACUUGACUAGGUCACUUAACAUGUUUGUGAAGGAAUAUUUAUUCUUGUUUUCUUUGGACUAAUGUUAUACUAUGAGAAAAUAAUAAGCUAGAA